AUCCUGUGUGUGUUUGGAGCUGGCAUUAGGAGUAUAUAGAUACAUAUAGGAAACAAGUCAGUGCCUGUUUAGAUCAGACAUGAGGGCUUGGAUGUACCUUGUUUACAUAUGAACGGAGACCCAUGUGAGCCGGAGUUACCUUGGCUGGUUUUAACAGACCUCAAUCUGCCUCCUUGUCAACAGCUGUAACCUGUUCGACUGGAUGAUUUUCUAAUGGAACCCCCUUCCUAUGAGGAGGCCAAUCGCCACCCAUCUAUACCGUCCAGAGUGGGAUUGAACAACGAAAACMUUGCCUCGGCCCCCUCAACACCUCCUCCCACCUAUAGAGAAGCAGUCCAUCAAGAUCCUUUUCCUGUCCUGACUCCCCCCUCUGUGCCAGCUGCUGAGGUCCCACCAUCACAACCUGCUGAAGUCACAGUUCAUCCACUUACACAAAUUGGUAGAAGAGGAGGUGCCAGCAGCAGCAGACAAACUCAGUCAGUAGUGGUUGUGUCCCAGCCGCAGCCUGUCCCCAUCGUUCCGACGAGCCUGAUAGACGCCCCUGGUUUGAUCCGCUGUCCACACUGCCAGCACCUCGUCACCACCAAGGUCACAUACAAGCCCGGGUGCGCUGCUUGGUGCUCGUGUACCUUGCUUGCGUUAAUGGGGUUAAUCUGUGGUAUCUGUCUCAUCCCUUUAAUGCUGCGGCGGAUGCAAGAUGCACACCACUACUGUCCAGACUGUGAAAAGAAAGUCUACGUUUAUAAACGAUGACACCGUCGGUUUGCAGGAAGUGGAUGCUUUUCACAGGCUGCUCAAGAUGUCCUUACCCAUUUAGGUUGCAAUUUUGGUGAAUUAAUUAAUUGGAUGCAAAGUGCACGUGGYUCGCUGUGAUAUGAUUAUGUCAUGUCUGAUGCACAGCAUCUGAUAGUGAACGUGAAGAGACUCAAAUGGUCAGUUUUAAAAGAAACUAAAAUGUUUUUUUCCUCCAUAAGCUGUCACAGAAGUGACAGCAUCUCUUUAGUAUGAAGGAACAGUAUGGGGUGCCGUUUGUAAAGUUGCACAAUCAAAAAUUACCACCAAUAGUUUUGUUUUA